UCGGAGUGACUUCGACAAUUUACGUCAGUUUUUGUAGAAUCAUACCACAUACGGUACAAUCUCACUGCGGAGCGCUACAAGAUUGAGACUAGGUCGUGCAAGCCGCUACAAUCAACAUCCUACAGACACCACACUGUCCAAAAUCACACAAGCGCUUAAAAAGAGUGUUUCUACUUACAGUCAUACGUUCAGUCAUUCCAGUAAUUAUUUUAACAUUUCAUAGUCCAUAUUGAGCUAUGUGUAGUUUAACCGAGAAGAUUUCAACAUAUUAUGACCUUAUCCGCUGUGGAAUUUUGGAAUUAUUUUCCUGUGGUCUGCUUUUGGAUAACGACUGUGCCUUUCGUCUUCACGUGUAGCGUCUCCCGUGCUGGAAGAAUUGAGCAGCUAGUUCAGGCCGCUGAACAGCAAAUCCAAGACGACAUCAUCCUCCUACCAAUGCCCAAUCUGCCGCCAUUAAAUCCCGGCAUUGUCCACACAACCGUUGGCCGAACAGCCGUCUUCUCUUGCAGUGCUCCUACACAAGAAGCGGACACUGGUGCGCCGCAGAUCGUCUGGCGGCAUAGGAACAUAACGAUUCACACUGACCACACAGUCCCGGCUUCCAUGCCCUUUAACUAUACCCGACGCGAGGAUAACGGCAACCAUUAUUUAUCCAUACACAACAUUACGCCGCUGGAUCCGUACGGUGUUUCCAUCAUUACCACGGCGAAAUGUUUCUUUUAAAGCAUUACAAGCUGCAGACGCGACCCAAAGCGGACGACGUCUUCGUCGGCCGACUGCAGAACGUCACCACACCGUAUUCGCAGGCAUCCUUAACGUGCAGCGCCUACGUCCACUGUACCUGCUGGAAUGAUGGGCCGUACUUUAUCUGGAAGUUCGACGGAAAGUUCGCCAUGAUGUCGGUGCGCCUUGGUCAUUACCUGAUGCAGUUCUUUGAUUCCAGGCGUUAUCCGUAUGGAGUCCACAAGUUCGAGGGUAAAGAUAGUUGUGCGAAGUGGGUUGAAGGAACUCCGUGCGAUUCGACCUUCACAGUUUACAUGAAACCUGACACGAAGCGCUGGCCAACGUUCGUUGAAUGUUGGGCACAGCCUAAUCAAACUGUUAACGAGUGGUACGUACAGAAAACGUAUGUCGAGUUUGUUUAAUUAAUGUCGCACUAGUUCAUUACAGCUGGAUCUUUCUUCUUUCCGGCAACUGACCACCCUUAUUUACAAUGACCUUGCUCUAAAAUUUGGUUUGUGUACUACCAUGGUAGAAUAACUACUUUUACUUUGUGAUUCUUACAAUGCAAUUUUUGCUGCGAUGGGUAGCUUUGGUGGACCAGUCUUCUAGCAAGUUCUGUUUCAACUACUACGGCCCGCAAAUGUUUCCCGCCGUUGCAUGGCACUGAUAAGUCUGACAAUCACGUUCUGAAAUGUCGAUUUUUUUUAGAUUUUUUCGAUCCAGUGAAAGCGUAAUAAA